GCGCUGCCCCCCUGCGGAGUCCACCGUGGGUGCGGGCAUGGAGUGGGUCGUUGGACUCGGCAACUCCCUUCUGCUGGUCCGCGACCUUGGUCAUUGAAAAAGCCACCGCCGUUCGUUUGCUGCUCCCCUUUGAAGCUUGCCAUCCACGACACCUCAUCAGCAGCAGCAGGAGGAAGCCACUGUCGUCACAACCCAAUCAUCAGCUUAAUUAACACCCUUAUCAGCAAUUAGGUUUCGCUGCCGCCGCCACUUUAAAUUGUCCCCAUCGCGCUGUUCGAGUUACGAGCUCGACCACGCCUGUCCUCGGAGACAUGGCUACUCCCCAACAAACCCCCCCUUUCAGAACCGACCGAUACGUCGUGAUCCACGUCGCCACCACUUGCGACGAGCACGGUGUCUAUGUCACCAAGGACUCGGCCGAGGUCAUCGAGCUCGGCUGGAUCCUGCUCGACGCCAACAGCAUCGACCUUCACGAGCUUCACCGCGAAAGCGUCCUUGUCAAGCCUGUCAACACCCCCAUCACCCCCCUUUGCAGUGAGUUUCCGCCAUUCUCGUCCCGCCGAUGCUCAAUUGCUAUCUCGGCCGCCUUGAUCAACUUUGCUUUGCUGACCGUCUGUCUACUAGCGAGCCUGACCACUCUCACGUGGGAACACGUCCGGAAUGCGGGCACUUUCCGGGAUGCCAUCAACCGUUUCGACGCCUUUGCCUCCGAACACCUGCUCUCGAAUGACCUUGACUUCGUUUUCGUCACGCUCGAAGCUUGGGACCUGCGCGUUCAGCUUCCCCGUGAGGCCCGUGACAAGUCCGUUGUGCUGCCCCCCUAUCUUCAACACUCGCGCACCUUUGAGCUCCGGACCGAAUAUCAGAGAUGGCAGCAGCACCAUCCCGAGUCUCUUCCAUUCGGCCCCUCGUCUCUGGCCAACAUUUGUGCUGCCUUGGAAGUCGAGCCUGUCCAGAAUAGUGCCCCGAUCAAGCACAACCUCCCCUUCCACCUCCAGGCACUGGCCCCUGCCUCCCCUCGCCGCGCCAUGGACGAGGCUGUGACUCUCACUCGUGUGCUGAGGGGUCUGAUCAAAAAGUCCCAGCCAGCCCACGAGCACCCUGGUGUUCUCAGCCAGCCCAUGGAUGCUCGUACCGACGUCCGGGCUUUCCUUUCGGAACGGAGUAAGAUCCUCCACAUGUCAGGCCUGCCCCACGACACCACACAGAGCGAGCUGGAAAGUUGGUUUACUCAAUUUGGCGGUCGUCCCAUCGCUUUCUGGACUCUGCGUACCCCUGAGCAGUCCAAGCCCACUGGCAGCGGCUUCGCCGUGUUUUCUUCCCACGAGGAGGCUGCCGAAAGUCUGUGCAUGAACGGCCGUGCAUUGAAUGAAAAGGCCAUCGAAGUCUCUCCCAGCUCUAGUCGCGUUCUGGACAAGGCGGCCAACAUCCUCAUGCCAUUCCCACCCAGCAAGAACAGGCCUCGGCCCGGCGACUGGACCUGCCCGUCAUGCGGCUUCUCCAACUUCCAAAGACGCACGGCGUGCUUCCGUUGCUCGUUCCCUGCCGUUAGCACUGGUCCCACCGGCGAGAUGGGCUAUGGGUAUGGAUAUGGCCCCCCGGCCAUGAUGGGCCCUCCUCCUCACCACAUUGGCCAUCACGGACACGGUGGCGGACACGGCGGUGGCCGCAUGGGCGGCUCUGGUGUCGUUCCUUUCCGGGCCGGCGACUGGAAGUGUGGCAACGAGGUUUGCGGUUACCACAACUUUGCCAAGAACCAAAACUGCCUUCGGUGUGGUGCUGGCCGCGCCACGGCUGCCGUGGUAGCUGACUCUGGAUAUCCUUCCCCGAUGGAUGCCGGGUCUUCGUACAACAUGGGACACGGCUCGAUCGGCUCUGCCCCCGGCCCCGGUUCGUUUGCUGGCCCUGGUGGUUUUGGCUCCGGUGCAGGCUACGGUCAGCACUUUGCUGGCCCCCAGAGCACGUACGCUCUUCCCUCUGGCAUUGGUGGCGGCGCUGCCCCGUAUCCUCCUUUGAACACUCACUUUGGACCCGCCCCUGGGUCUCACUCGGCUGGUCCCUUUGACAGCCGUGCCGUGGAGACGGCCUUCCAAUCCGCUGGCAACGGGCCCGCUUCUGCCGGUCCUGGCAACAACUUCUACGGACAAAACGAAAAUGACCCCUUCGCUUUCCUUUCCUCAGGCAUGAACAACCUUUCGGUCAGCAACCAGGAUGCCCGUCAGAAUGGUGGCUCGGCGCCUCCCAACAAGUCCCCAGCCUAAGAAUAAGGGGGACUGAGAUUGGCGCCGGAGUCCGGGAAACAUUUCAACACUUGUUUUUUAGGGGUCUGUGCUGGGCUUUUUUUUUGGAAGGCUGUACUUUGGAGGUUUGGAGGGCGGUUACUACUACUGGGUUUGUGCGGGUGGCGGCGGCGGCGGCGGCGGUUGGUAAAAAGUUGCAAUGGGAUGGAAAGACAAAAAGAACAAUGCCAUGCUCACAGGGCGUCACCGGGACGGAGUUUUUUCAGGACCGACAAACACACAGCAGCUGGGACCUCUCCAUGUUCCCCGUUGACACAUGGGAAUCAAUACGCCCCUGACAAGAAUUUCAUUCAAAGCUCGAUAAUACACCAUGGUUCAAGGUUCGGGACAUGCGGGAUGGGCUAUACAGGACAGGUGGGCGUGCAUAGCGAGGCGUGGACAGGGUAUAUGGUCACAUUUCUCCAAGGUCAGUGGUACCGGACCUGAGACUUGUUCCUUUUCUGUGUGUUUCCAAGCUCGCUUUUCCCUUCAACGCUUUCUGCGUUUUUUGUUUGAUUCGCAGUUGCUUUCUUUCUUUCUUUGUUUGUUUCUUUCUUUCUUUCUUUCUCUGCUUUAUCUGCUGCGUAUUUCAAGUCACUCAUUUCUGCGGUGGAAUCAAAAUACAUUUUUAUGGCUGGCUGGCUGGACGGGGAAGGGGACGGGUACGGGGGGAGGCGAAGGGUGUUGGCUUUGGGACUGGGGUCUGGGUUGGUCGGUAGGAAGGGAUGGGAAGCGUAACCGGACAGCGAAAGGGGUACGGUUGGGGUGUUUUCUUCUUGUUUGUGCCCAUGUUGUGUGUCUAAAUUUACUACUUGAGAAUUGUUGUUGUCUCUGUUCUGUUUCGUUCUUGUUGUUCUACCCACCUUAUGCAUCUCACAAUUUCCACAUACCUUCUCCUCGAGGAUCUCGACCUACCUCAAGUCAACUCCACCAACUACACCUCACAUAUAUCGGGUCACUCACCUUUUGCUGUUCAGUUGUUAUACAUACCUUGUACCCUACUACUUGCUUCCGUUUUGAUGCCAGUGUUUGUUUGCUUGUGUCAACCCUCAGAUUUGUGGGUUUUUUUUUGGACGAUUUUUUUGGACGAUAGAUUGCUUUGCUGACUGAACGAGGCAUGAAGUGGGGAGCAUGAUGAAAAAAAACGUUCUGAUGCGAUUUAUGAUGACUAUCCUAAGAAAAAAAAACCCUAUAAAAAUAAUAUAAAAAAUAUAAUAAAAAGGAAAAGAAAAGAAAAAGGACCGGAGCCCAAUGCAAGACAAGCGAACAGUGGCCUUGCCCACUGGCAAGACGACAAAAUGUACGCAUGUGACGAGGCCU